AUGGGCUUCAGUACUGUUCGUCAAAUAGUAAUAGAAGUUUGUGAUGCCAUAUGGAACAAUUUGCGGUCUAUUGUAAUGCCAAAACCAACGGAAGAGUUAUGGAAAAAGUCGUCAGCUAGAUUUAACCAACUGUGGAAUUUUGCGAAUUGUGUUGCUGCUAUAGACGGCAAGCACAUUAAUAUUCAGUGUCCUAUUAAUGCAGGAUCCACAUACUACAACUACAAGGGAAGUCAUUCUAUAGUUCUGAUGGCGCUAGUUGAUGCAGACUACAAGUUUAUUGCCAUUAACGUUGGCUCUUAUGGGAGGAAUAGCGAUGGUGGUAUUUUUGAAAAGUCAGAUAUUGGAAAAAUGCUUGACCAAAGAACAUUGAACGUACCAGCAUUGGAACCAAAUGGAUCACCUCAGCCACAUGUCAUCGUGGGCGAUUAA